UUCGACUCCAACAGAGGCUAUUUCUGACUGCUGUGACGAAAGCAACCGUUUGGAAAAUAAUAGUCAUUUAGAGUCUUUUUAACCGCGCGGCAUUAGUAAAUGUAAUUUCGAGGGUCGAAACUCUGAAAAAAUGUCGAAACUAUGAUACUCAGAGAUCUGUAGUUUACUGUAGAAAGGUCCUUAAAUCAGCAAGCUAGCUUUUGUUUCAGUCUAGCGUUUGUUUAUGACCUACACCUGCAAUUUAAGUAGUUUUUACAACGUUUGGCUCUGAAUAGUGACACUUUGAAGGGUUCUGCGGUUAAAAGAGGAAACGUUUCAAAACUUUUGGUUUACAGCAAGAUGGCAUUUGUUUCAACCAGACUGUACCUUAUGGCUGUUUUCCAAGAAAUAUUUCCUUUCCACGAAGCAAUUGGGCAGUCUCUUGGUAACUGGGGUCCCUGGGGCGAAUGCUCUAAGGCUUGUGAUGGUGAACAAACGAGGACUCGUGCGUGUACAUUCUCAUCUCCUUGUGAACAGAGCUUGGUGGAUAAGAGAAAAUGUAGCUCUUCAUCUUGUUUUAGUUUAGAAAUGAUUAUAGCAUUGGCCGUGAUUUGCGCCGCCAUUGUCGCGGUACUCAUAAUAAUUUUUGUGAUGCUCUUUAAAAUCAAAAAGGAAAAGUCCAGACUAAAACAUGACCACAGCAACAUGUCUAAUGCCAUCGAACGAAUGUACGACGACUCAAUCAGUACCCAUAGUUCUACCAUUCGUCGCAUGCCGUCAGCCGAAAGCUUCCCCGAACCUCUCCCGGAACCCGAGGAGAUUGGACUCGACAGCUUCGUUUUUGACACUGAAAGUCUGGAUGAGAGCAUCAGAGAAGUUACUUGCUCUUUUGGCGCCGAUGAGGAGUUCCAGCCCAAAGAGCAGCCCAAGAAUGAAAAAAGAGUUUCUCUAAAGGUUGUUUCCGUGACAGAGACACAAGUUCUAGACAAAGACCAGAAGCCGGUCUCUCAAGUACCUCCGCUCGAACCCGUUUAUAGUGUGGUGGUCAAACCCUCAAAAGAUGUCAAGCUGUAGCAAGAGAAUUAUCUUCGUUCAGCUGUUUUUGUUGUUUGUUUGUUUUUUUUUGUUAUGUUAUGUUAGUUAAACAUCUAAACAAGAUAGUGUAACAGGUACAUAACACCUGAUGAAUUGCGUGACAGGUAUAAAGUACUAGUACCUUAUGCCAUGCAAAAUAUUAGUUUAACCAUCUAAAAAAGAUAGUGUGACAGGUACAUAACACCUGAUGAAUUGCGUGACAGGUCUAAAGUACUAAUACCUUAUCGGUUACGUGACAGGCAUGGUCGUUGGCCUAACAGAAUGAUUAAUAAAUAGCUUGCGUGACUUUGUCACAGAUACUUCUAAUACUUAGCAUUCGUGAGAAAUUAGGAGGCUUAUUUUCUAAAUUGUUGCGACGAUGAAUAAUUACAUUUCAAUACGAAAAGAAACAGCAAAAAUAGUGCGAUAAAUAAAGUUGGUUAUUUUUGGAGCAAAA